AUGAGUUCAGUGCCAGGUAACGUAAAUAGGUCCGAAGAGCAGCGGAAACGUCCCACUUUACAGAAUAUUGCAACCAAAGAGAAACCAAAAGAAAUACACACUCGGAAAUCCGAUGUACUAGAAAUAGCUGUAACAGCGAUGUCUAAGGCCAAUAGAUUGUAUCAGGACGCUAAGUUGCAGCUAGAGCAGUCUGGAAACUUAAAGACUUCCAUAAAAGAGACGGUGGUAAAUAACCUUUCUGAACUUUUUGGAAUCGUAUUACAGUUAAACGAAGAAAGGCAGACUCUACUCCUACAAUUGGAGAAAGCUCGUAUACAACUUAAAGACGAUCUACUUAGGCAAGAAAAACAGUAUGUAGAGAGCCUUAGAGCACUAAUGGAUCAGGGUAGUAUAAGAGAUAUUCAGUCUGCUCUCACCGAAACAGUGAGUGAUAUGAGAACCCUAACGGACUCAUUGAAGCACACGAUGGGCAAUGACACCUUAUUGGAUAAACAUACUUUUAUGGGCAAAUCGGAGGAUACCAGAAGGGAACUGAUGGAAAUAAAAGAAGAAUUAUCAUCCCUAAAAGACCAAAUGGGUGGACUUCGAGAGUCUUUGGUUAUAAGCGAAACAAAUGAACCCACAUAUGCCAGCAUAGCUGGUCGACCUAAGGCCAAAAUAAACACAAUGCAGACAGAAGAUAUUAUCAUCGGUGGCGAUGCAAAUGCCAGUAGCAUCUGGUGGGGCUGCAAAGCAGAUGACAACAGAGGAACACAGGUUAUGGAAACAUUAGCUGAACUUAACUUGGAGGUAGUUAAUACGGGAAAAAAGCCUACUUUUAGUGCAUACAGAAGAGACACCAUCUGCUCCAGCAUUAUAGACAUUACCGCCUGUACAACAUCACUAUUGCAUAAGAUUAAGAAUUGGAGAGUUGACGAUUCCUUUUGUACUUUAUCUAAUCAUAAGCCAAUUCUUUUCAAAUUUAGUACGACAACUUCAUUUAUUGAGUCAAAAAUCAACAGCACCAGGAAAUACAACACAAGGAAAGCAAACUGGAGCCAUUUCAACGUUGAACUCAAGAGGGCACUAGACAACAACGGCCUAACCAAAGAAAGAAUAGGAGUUAUUAGGACGACACAGGAGAUUGAUGAAUUCGUAAAAACAUAUACAGAAUGCAUAACAAAGGCAUGCGAUGAGACGAUUCCGAAAAUAGAACGAAAACAGUUACCAAAAGCCGCUAAAUGGUGGAACACCGAAAUUAAAGAAAAAAAGGAGAUCAUGAUCAGAUUACGAAGAAGAAUAAGGAAUGCACACCCUACAAGAAAGAACUGGGUCAUAGAACAAUAUCUCGAAGCACGAAAACAAUAUAAGGAAAGUAUAGAAGACGCCACAACCAAAAGCUGGAAAGAACUAUGCACGAACGAGCAGAAAGAAAACGUGUGGCAACGCACAUAUCGGAUAUUGAAGAAUAAUUCUGUAGCUUCUAAACUGGACCCAAAUACGGAUACCAAAAAAUCAGAAACCUCGGCGGGAAAAGACAAGGGAACAACAUCACACGUAAGGAAAAGUGUAGGCGAGCUUGAAUCGCGUCUUGGUGCUGCACCAAAAACCAAGACAGCUGAUUUGCCGACCAAACAUAAAUCGAAAAUUUCUCCUGCCGUAGAGUGUGAUGUAAAUCAAGAGGAAAUCGAAACAACUAAAUAUUUAAAUAAAGCACAAGAGGCUAAGGCACACGUAGUCAAAAUAAAAUUAUUACUAAAUAGCUCACGAAAUUUGAAGACUGAAAUCAAAGAUAAAAUUGCAGAAGCUGCAGAAAAACUUUACAGAUUGACCAAGGGAGCUGAAGAAGUAAAGGAAAAUACGAUAGAAAACGAUACAACAAAAUUGGUAAGAAAACAGGAUAUUGAGUUCGAGCUACUAAAGAAAAUGGAAGAACAUAGUAAACUACUCACAGAGUGCAGGAUAGAGACUCAACGCAUAAGUGAAGAAGUGAAAAGUCAUAGGGAUGAACUUAUCACCUAUUCAAGUGUAGUUGCAAAACGGAAUAGAGGGCAGCCUCUGGAUCCAAACGCAGCUCACUUUAGGGACACAGUUUCUGCUCAAAUGCACUCAGUUAUAGUACUUUCAUUAGUGAUGUAA